AUGGCUUUAUUGGACAGCAGAACUCCGCGAGCAUCAACCGGAAAAAUGGCCUCAAUGGGGUAUAAAGCUGAUGAAAGUACUGGAAUGGUGCUGCUGACUGGGAAUUCACAUCCAGAGCUGGCGAGAACUGUUUCCGACCGACUCGGAAUAAAACUCGGUGACGCGGUUGUCUACAAUAAAACAAACAGAGAAACUUCAGUGGACAUCCGGCAAUCAGUUCGUGGAAAGCAUGUGUUCAUUCUGCAAUCAGCGUCCAAAAACGUGAACAAUGAUGUGAUGGAGUUGUUGAUUAUCAUUUAUGCGUGUAAAACCUCAAUGGCAAAGAAAAUCACCGUUAUUAUGCCCUAUCUACCGUAUUCAAAGCAAUGUCGAAUGCUGCGUCGGUCAUCAAUUCCAAUGAAGCUCAUUGCUGAGCUCAUUUGCAAGUCGGGAGCUGAUCGUCUUGUUUCAUUGGAUUUGUAUAAGAAAGAGAUUCAAGGAUUCUUUUCAAUUCCAGUCGACAAUCUCCGAGCGUCACCCUUUCUUUUACAGUAUAUCAGAGAAAAUGUUUCCGAUCUCCGAAAUGCGGUAAUUGUCGCGAAAAGUCCAGGAGUUAUGAACAAAGCAACAUCUUAUGCAGAAAGACUUCGUUUAGGAGUGGCAGUGAUUCAUGGAGAGCAAAAAGAUGAUGGUGAAUCGGGACAAGAAGAUGGACGACAAAGUCCUCCACCAAAUUAUGCAGCUUUCGAAUUGUUUCCAUCACAAAUGACAAAAGAGAAGCCACCAUUGACAGUGGUUGGAGAUGUUGGUGGAAGGAUUGCAAUCAUGGUGGAUGAUAUCAUUGAUGAUGCGCAAUCGUUCGUCGCUGCUGCCAAGGUUCUGAAGGAACGAGGAGCCUAUAAGAUUUUCGUUGUUGCUACUCACGGCCUCCUCUCCACCGAAGCACCCGACUUGAUUGAGAACUCGCCGAUUACACAAGUUAUCGUCACAAAUACGGUUCCUCACGAAAUGCAAAAGAUGAGAUGUCAUAAAAUCAAAACCGUCGAUAUCUCGCUGAUGUUGUGUGAGGCGGUGAGACGCAUCUAUUACGAUGAGUCAAUGGCGCAGUUGUUCAGAGAUAUCACUUUGGACGAU